AUGGCGUCAUAUCUAGAUCUCCUUCUGGGCAACCCCCAGUAUGCCGUCUUUUGUGGCGUCACUCUAUUCACUCUCUUUGUUGUACGAUACUCUUUACUCGGCCAUCUUACAAAGUUUCCGGUCUUGAAUCCGAAAAGAUCACUAGAGCUUACCAGCAACCGUGUAACUCAGGACUUCAUUAUCGACAGCAAGAAUAUUCUCACAAAUGGCAGAGCUUUGUAUAAGGACCAGCCGUACAGGGCUUACACAGACUGGGGAAAAGUAGUGGUGAUUCCACCCCAGUUUCUCGAUGCGCUGAAGAGCCAUAAGCAACUGGACUUUACGAUCCCUGCUGAAGAUGACUCUCACGCAUAUGUUCCUGGAUUUGAGCCUUUUGUUUCUGACCCAAACAUUUCAAAAGUUGUUACCAAGUAUUUGACCAAAUCUUUAACCAAGCUCACGGCACCACUCUCUAACGAGGCAUCUCUGGCCUUUCGUCAAGUUCUUACGGACUCCACUGAAUGGCAUGAAAUGCACCCUCAACAUGAUAUAGUCCGUAUCGUAUCGCGUAUGUCAUCACGAGUAUUCAUGGGUGAAUCCCUCUGCCGCGACGACGAAUGGGUCAGAGCCAGCGGUGACUAUACCGUUCAGUCCUUCAAGACGGGUGACAUUCUGCGGACGUAUCCUCGAUGGUCACGGCCCUUUGUGCAUUGGUUCCUUCCAUCAUGCUGGACGCUGCGUAAGAAAUUGGAUGAAGCAAUCCGAUGUCUAAAGCCCCAUCUUGAGCGUCGCAGUGUUAUCUCAGCAGAGGCCGAAGCACAGGGAAAGCCCUCGCCCUUUGACGAUUCGAUUGAGUGGUACAAGAAAGAAGGUUCUACACGUAACCCAGCACUCCUACAAAUCUCAUUGUCACUCGUGGCUAUCCACACAACGUCCGAUUUGCUUAUGGAAACUCUUUUCAACAUUGCCCAGCACCCAGAGUUAUUCCAGCCUCUCCGCGAAGAGAUCACAAAUGUGCUGUCUGCAGAGGGCCUCAAGAAGACAGCCCUGUAUAAUCUGAAGCUCAUGGAUAGCGUCAUCAAAGAGUCUCAGAGAUUGCGACCAGUUUUACUCGGCUCCUUCCGAAGGCAGGCUAUGGCAGACAUUACUCUGCCAAAUGGCGACCUGAUCAAGAAAGGAGAAAAGAUUGUUUGCGAUACAACUCACAUGUGGAACGGCGAUUACUAUGAAGAAGCUGCAAAAUUCGACGGCUAUCGUUUCUUGCGAAUGAGGGAGGCAUCUGAGCAGGACAAGCACCCUCAUCUUGUCAGCACUAGCUUUGACCAUCUGGGCUUUGGCCAUGGCAAUCAUGCGUGCCCUGGGCGAUUCUUUGCGGCUAAUGAGAUCAAGAUCGCGUUGUGUCAUAUGCUCUUGAAGUAUGAUUGGAAGCUGGCGGAUGGUGUGGUUCCUAAGCCGUCUGGAUUUGGGAUGAUGUAUUUACCUGAUCUCCAGGCUAAGCUGCUUAUCAGACGAAGAAAUGAGGAGUUGGAUAUUGACUCUAUCGAGACUCAGUAG